CGCUGGAGCGGCGGCGACGUGUCGUCUGUGCGACUGUGGGAGCACUUCCCCAGGGUUCCGGGCGAGGGAGGCGGCGGCUAGGUGCCUCCUCACGGACCCCUCGCGGGGCCUGCAGGCCUAGCAGCGUGGGGCGGCGGCGACGGCGAAGGCCGGGGCUGGGAGCGUUGGCGGCCGGCGUCCCAGCCAUGGCCGGGUCUGUGGAGCGGCUGCGGCAGCGGGUGGAGGAGCUGGAGCGGGAACUGGCACAGGAGAGGAGUCGGCGGGCCGUGGGGGGCGGCGACGGAGGCGGCGGCAGGGUCCGCAUCGAGAAGAUGAGCCCGGAGGUGGUGGACUCGAACCCCUACAGCCGCCUGAUGGCAUUGAAACGAAUGGGAAUUGUAAGCGACUAUGAGAAAAUCCGUACCUUUGCUGUAGCAAUAGUAGGUGUUGGUGGAGUUGGUAGUGUGACUGCUGAAAUGCUGACAAGAUGUGGCAUUGGUAAGUUGCUACUCUUUGACUAUGACAAGGUGGAACUGGCCAAUAUGAAUAGACUUUUCUUCCAACCUCACCAAGCAGGAUUAAGUAAAGUUCAAGCAGCAGAAUAUACUUUGAGGAACAUUAAUCCAGAUGUUCUUUUUGAAGUACACAACUACAAUAUAACCACAGUAGAAAACUUUCAACAUUUCAUGGAUAGGAUAAGUAAUGGUGGAUUACAAGAGGGAAAACCUGUUGACCUAGUUCUUAGCUGUGUGGACAAUUUUGAAGCUCGAAUGACAAUAAAUACAGCUUGUAAUGAACUUGGGCAAACAUGGAUGGAGUCUGGGGUCAGUGAAAAUGCAGUUUCUGGGCAUAUACAGCUCAUAAUUCCUGGAGAAUCUGCUUGUUUUGCGUGUGCUCCCCCACUUGUAGUUGCUGCAAAUAUUGACGAAAAGACUCUGAAACGAGAAGGUGUUUGUGCAGCCAGUCUUCCUACCACUAUGGGAGUGGUUGCUGGGAUCUUGGUACAAAAUGUGUUAAAGUUUCUGUUAAAUUUUGGUACUGUUAGUUUUUACCUUGGAUAUAAUGCAAUGCAGGAUUUUUUCCCUACUAUGUCCAUGAAGCCAAAUCCUCAAUGUGAUGACAGAAAUUGCAGGAAGCAACAGGAAGAAUACAAGAAAAAGGUAGCAGCACUGCCCAAACAGGAGGUUGUUCAAGAGGAGGAAGAGAUAAUACAUGAAGACAAUGAGUGGGGUAUUGAGUUGGUGUCUGAGAUUUCAGAAGAGGAACUGAAAAAUUCUUCAGGUCCAGUUCCUGAUUUACCUGAAGGAAUUACAGUGGCCUAUACAAUUCCUGAAAAGCAAGAAGAUUCUGUAGCUGAGGUAACUGUGGAAGAUUCUGGUGAAAGCUUGGAAGACCUCAUGGCCAAGAUGAAGAAUAUGUAGAUAACGGACUAACCUAUAUUUUAUUUCCUGAGUUUAAUCCAAUUUCCUUGGAAUUAAAAAAAUAAUUUAAAAACUGAUAAAGCUUAGGGCAACAUUAAUUGAUACGUAAUCUUUACAGAAUUGUUGUACUUGUUCAAAGUACUGUAUUGCUUAUCAGUUUCUCCCUUCAAUGAAAUCAGUAACUCUCCUAAAACUCAUGUUUCAUUUCAGUUACUAAAACUUAGCCACUGAAAUGUUUCGGCCUUUUUGGAGGGUGGGAAGAAAGGACCAAUAAUAUGCUAUAUUUCUUUUCUUUGCA